CGCAUCCGAAUGUGUGUGUGUGAGUGUGUGUGUGUGUGAGAGAGAGAGUGUGUGAGUGUAGGGAGUGGCAGCCACGGAGAAAUCGCAUGCCGGCAGAUACGCGAGUGAUUUCCAUUCAAAGGAAAACGUGAAGCUGCUCUCUGGUUAGGAUUUUUAUAACGGCUGGACUUUAUGAGUCCAACAGGUAAAAUGGAGAGAGAGCGACCCACGGUCUGAACGUCUAGUGCCUCGUGGAAUAUCCCUCCCCUCCCCCCCUCUUAGCGGACACCAUGAACAUGCUGAAGUCAAGCGGCCUUAAGAUCCCCGGCAGGGGUCCGAAGCACUCCAGCCCAGUGGGACGAACCACCACGGGGUCACCGUCCUCCCCUGCAACUCAGAAAGACAAUGUUCCUCACAAACAGCCCCUGCCGGCCCCGAGCAGCAGCGCAUCUGACAAGUCGAGCUCGAAAGCUUCGGAGGUCGGCGACGAAGUGCCGAGCGACUUUGCGCUGGGCGAGCGUGUGUGGGUGAACGGCGUGAAGCCCGGCCGCGUGGCUUAUCUCGGUGAGACCCAGUUUGCCCCGGGUCAGUGGGCCGGCGUUGUUCUUGAUGAACCCGUGGGCAAGAACGACGGCUCAGUGGGCGGCGUGCGCUACUUCGAGUGCCUGUCUCUCCAGGGUAUCUUCACGCGGCCCUCCAAGCUCACGCGCCAGCCAGCAUCAGAAAGCAGCGACGCCCACCCUGCAGACCCGCACGCCGGACCGAACUGCACCGGAGCCCAGCGUGUGGUCGUGCCCCUGCGAGAGGGAAUACUAAACAGCGCGACUAAGACCGGCAACGAGUCCGGCUCCAACAUGUCCGACAGCGGCUCGGUGAAGAAAGGUGGAGAGAAGGAUCUGCGAGUGGGAGACCGCGUGCUGGUGGGCGGAACGAAGACUGGCGUGGUGCGCUACGUAGGAGAGACAGACUUUGCCAAGGGAGAGUGGUGCGGCGUGGAGUUGGACGAGCCUCUAGGGAAGAACGACGGAGCCGUGGCCGGGACCAGGUACUUCCAGUGCCCACACAAAUUCGGCCUGUUUGCCCCCAUCCACAAGGUGAUCCGCAUCGGCUUCCCGUCCACGAGUCCGGCCAAGGCCAAGAAGAGCAAGCGUGUAGCCAUGGGAGUGUCUUCGCUGGCUCACAGCCCCAGCAGCUCGUCCAUCAGCUCUGUCAGCUCCGUAGCCUCCAGCGUCGGCGGCAGACCCAGCCGCACGGGCCUGUUGACGGAGACGUCGUCCCGUUACGCGCGCAAGAUCUCCGGCACCACUGCGCUGCAGGAGGCGCUCAAAGAAAAGCAGCAGCACAUCGAACAGCUCCUGGCCGAGCGCGACCUGGAGCGAGCUGAAGUGGCCAAGGCCACCAGUCACAUCUGUGAGGUGGAGAAAGAACUGAACACACUCAAAGCCCAGCACCUGCAGUAUGCAACAGAGACAGAGAGCAACCUGCAGCAAGUGCGCACCCUAUUGGCCAAUGCACAGAGAGACAAAAUGGAACUGGCCAAUCAGCUCGAGGAAGAGAAAAGGAAAGUGGAGGACCUUCAGUUCAGGGUGGAGGAGGAAUCCAUCACCAAAGGGGAUCUAGAGACUCAGACCAAACUGGAGCAUGCCCGUAUUCGGCAGCUCGAGCGGAAUCUGCGUUUGGAAAAGUCCAAAGCAGAGAAGUUUCAGAAAGAGUUAGAGGAAAAGAUGCAAACCACGGUUGAAGAGAAGAGCCGAGUGAUGCAGCUGGAGGAGGAAUUAACCUUGCGCAAAGCCGAGGCGGAGGAGCUCCAGGCACGCCUGCAGAGAGCCUCGUCCUCCGUAGUGGAAGGCGAAGAUGUGAUUUCAAGCUCCGAGGCUCUCGUUCUCCGAGAACGCCUCGAAUCUGCACGCCGUGAGGAGAGCAGCCAGCUGCGUGAACGCUACGAGGCCAUGCUGAGCGCCAGCCGCCAAGAAACCGAACGCCUCAAAGCCACCACAGAACGGCAGGCCUCAGAGAUCACAAAACUGCGCCAACGGCUCCAGCAGGCCACCCGUGAGAACAUGGAGAUGAUGGAUAGCUGGAAGGACAAGCUGGACGCCCUGGUUGGAGACCACCAGCGAGCCCUGGAGGAGCUCAAAUCCUCACUGAUCAACGAUUCCAAAGCGUCCGAGACGGGCGGGGUAGAGGGAGACGGUCCCACACCUGAAAUGAGGGCCACUGUGGAGAGCAUGAGGAUGGAGCGGCAGCUGGAGGUGGAGAACCUCAAGGCUAAGCACGAGAUCGAAGUGGCCGUGCUGGCCAAGGAACGCGAGGAGCUUCGAGCCAAGGUCCAAGAACUACAAGAUAAGCUAGAGGAGAGCGAAGAGAAUGCCAGGAGCAACCCAGAGCUCAGCGAGUCCAUGGAGAAGCUUCAGGAGGCCGAGCUGAAGGUCGCCGGAUUGAGGGAACGGCUAGAUUUGGCCGAGAAGAAGAUGGCUGACUACGAGGCUCUUCAGAACGCCGAAGCACAAAGCAGAGCUGAGAUCCGAGACCUGCAAGAGAAGCUGAGGGUUAGCGAGAACCGACUGCAGGCUGUCGAGGCCGAUCACAUCAGCCAGGACGUCAACAUGAUAGAAAAUAAUGACAACUCUGAAGAGAAGAUUAAGUUAAAGCAAAAUAUAGAAGAAACGUUGGAGAAACUGGCAAAAAGGGAAAAAGAAGUUUCCACUCUUACUACACAAGUAGAUGACCUCAAAACACAGAUAACAGCCUUGGAGACUAAAGUCCGUGCGGGGGAGAGGAAGACCGACGGCCUCCUCAGAGACAAGACGCGUCUGGAGGCGGAGCUGGAAGCCAUCACCAAGAAAUCCCACGAUGCAUCAGGCCAGCUGGUGAUCAUUAGCCAGGAACUUCUGAAGAAAGAGAGGAGCCUGAAUGAGCUGCGCGUCUUGCUGCUGGACUCGCCGCGCCACUCGCCGGGCAUGGACCGCGACCUGAGCCGUGAGGUGCACAAGUCCGAGUGGAAGGUGAAGGAACAGAAGCUGCAGGAUGACAUCAAGAGCCUGAGGGAGAAACUGCUGCUUCUGGGGCGUGAAAGGUCGUCGCCUGAGCAUCGCCGCUUCUCUAUGAUGGAAGCGUCGGGGACGGACGCCGAGGUGGCGCGCCUGCGCCAGCGGCUCUUGAGCACCGAGGAGGCCUUGAGGAACGCGUUGGAGCACAACCAGGAAGUGGACCAGCUGGUGCAGGCCAUGCGUAUGCGACCCGAUAAGAGCCAGGCAUACAGCAGCGCAAAUUCGGCGAAUGGGAUCCAUCAGCAAGACGCUACCUUCGUGGAAGAGGGAAAGCACUGAUGAUGGGGGUCGUUGAAGCACCGCUCGACCAUUUAGGGGGGAAAAAAUCACGGAGGUACGCUGCAAAAAAAAAAAGAAUGAAAAAAACACCCCCCGAGACGUCUGACGCUUAGACCUCGGACUAACGCCUCAUCGGACAGCUUCGCAUUCUUUUCACAGUUAGCGCCAAGCCGACGAACAACCACUGCAACCACUUAGCAAAUGUGUAUGUAAAACAGUGUGAGAUGCUAUUUAAAAAAAAACACAAAAAACAAAACAAACAAAGCAUUAUCUUUGAAGCGGUACAUUACGGUUACGGUUUUAGACUCGGACCACCGAUCCACCUUGUACACUACCUCCAGAGAAAAAGCAGCGGUCUUAAUGCUCGAGACCUCGAGAAGUGAAGUGCUGUAGUCCGAUUGGUCAGGACGCAGUUUAGGAAACCUUUUGGCCUCGAUUCAUACGUUAAUUUAUUCGCCUUUUAUGCUGUCGGAGUUAGACGGAGCGGUCCUGUCGAAUUUAAUUUUAUUAUUAUUAUUUUUUUGCCUUGAAAGAUUUGCUACUCUCCCUCUGUAGUGAAUGUCUGAGUCAAGGAGACGGGAUGAUUCCACACGGGCUUGUUCUUGUUUUUUUUUUCUUUUUUCCUUACGUACUGUACGAACGCCACAGUGUUCAGCCACCUACCAGUAUCCAUCCUCCUAUAAUCCAGUAAAUAGUGCACCAUUUUAGGGAUGCCAGCGUUUCAAACGAAUGGGACUUCGCCACUGUAAAAAAAUAAUAAUAAUAAUUUAAAAAAAAACCCUUGAGAAAUCAAACGCUCUGACUUAUUAUUCAGCCUAGUACUGUGUUUAUGCUGUAUAUUUAUGUGUCAAGAUACAGUUUACAGUUUUCGCUGUAAGCCAGCUAGGUCGAAGUGAAUUCGGGCUUCGAACGUACGCCAUCUAAUUGAACGACAAUACCAAUCCGCGUUUCCGAUUUUCUACAAGCGAGCACGUUUGAAGGAUAGCAGGUCAAUUUGAGAAACGAUAUCCACCCUGUCGAUCUUUCUAUCGGUGUGAAUAUUACAGGGUUACGACUAAGGGAUUUCAUAUCGGCAAGAACGGAUAAAACGAUAGGGCUGGCCCCGAGUUUUGCAACAAAAAAAAACAACAACAAAAAAAAAAACCACGAAGCCGUUGGACUCGGAUGUUCUUUUAUGCUGUCACAAAAUCAGUUUACUCCCUUGGCUCUAGCUGUAACCGUUCCUGAGAUUCAAUCAUUAAACAGAAAUAAAACAGAACUCCUGCA